AUGGGUGACUCGACGGGGGUUCGAGUAGCCAUCCGGUAAGCUAAUUUUGAAUUUUUAAAACUUUUGCGUUAUUUUAUAGUAACUAUUAUUACAUUGAUUCGUUAGUUUUUUAAUAAAAAAGAAAACGGAUCUUGAAAAAUUUAUUUUACUAAUUAAAAUAUACUAAUUAAAAAUAUUAAGUGUACAGAAUAAUACCUUACUUUGUACUAAUGGGUCGUCUAAUAUGUUUAUUUUAGUGUUCGGCCUCAAAAUGGCCGAGAAACGGCGGCUGGCUACCAAAUUUGCACGACGGUAUCGAUGAACGAGCCUCAGAUCUUCAUGGGAAAUGACAAGUCCUUUACGUACGAUUUUGUUUUUGAUAGAAAUUCGACUCAGGAAUCCGUUUACAAUGCAUGUAUCAAGGAUCUUGUGGAAGGUGUAUUUAAAGGAUACAAUGCCACGAUAUUGGCUUAUGGCCAGGUAAGAGCUUUUACUUAUCUUUUGUCAAUUUAGGUUACACAAGGAGAAGAAUGGGAAAAGGGAGUUUGGGAAAUUUAUGGAAGUUCUUUAAGUUUAAACGCUAAGUUAUUAUGUUUAGACCGGGAGUGGCAAAACUCAUACUAUGGGUACAGCUUUUGAUGCCGCAGCUUCUUCACCGACUUCUGACUUGGCUGGAGUAAUUCCACGUGCUGCCCAGCAACUGUUUGAUGGAAUGGAAAACAGACGACAACGAGCUAGCGAUGCCGGGGAACCAGAACCAUCGUUUGUUGUGAGAGUUCAAUUUAUUGAGGUAAGUAAGGUAUACAGUUUGAAUAGGUGAUUUACGUUUUUUUUUAUAAAUUAUGUUUGUUUUUAUUUUACUUUACUGUUUUUAUCAUAAGAAUGCCUUUUUUAGUUAUAUAAUGAGGAUCUGAUCGAUUUGUUGUCUCCUGAUCGUCACACUGGCGUCAAGAUACAUGAAGAUCGUGAAUCUGGUCAGAUUGUUCUACAAAACGCUACAACGAUGCAGACCAGCACUCCAAUGGGAAUAUUGGACAUCUUACGGAAUGGUGCGUUAAAUCGAAAAGUGGCGGCAACCAAUAUGAACAAGGAAUCUUCUAGGUCGCAUGCUAUCUUCAGUGUUCAUGUUCAACAAGAUUGUUUGGAGGUAAGUUUUAUUUAAAAAGUUGUUUUAAUGUUUUUUAAAUAAUCUUUUAAAUUUCUACAAUUGAUUAUUUGCAGACAGUGAUUACCGAACAGGGCGAGGAAAAGCUGGCUAGUGUCAUAUCUGCCAAGCUUCAUUUUGUGGAUUUAGCUGGAUCAGAGAGACUCAAGAGGACUGGAGCUACUGGAGAAAGGGCCAAGGAAGGAAUCUGCAUUAAUUGUGGUUUGGUAUGUGUUUAUAAUUGUUAUUUGUCUUUAUUUGUUAUUGUAUUUACUUUUUUUAUUGACUUAUUGGUUUCAGUUGGCAUUGGGAAAUGUUAUCAAUGCGUUAACUAACCCAAAGAAAGGACACGUUCCUUACAGAGAUUCAAAGUUGACUCGGCUUCUCCAGGAUUCACUAGGUGGGAAUUCAAGGACAUUGAUGGUUGCUUGUGCCUCUCCAAACGACGUCGAUUUCGCUGAAACUUUAAAUACGUUAAACUAUGCUUCAAGGACCAAGGCAAUCAAGAACAAGGUUGUUGCCAACAAGGACCAUGGGUCAGCUAUGGUAACACAACUCAGGGCUAAGAUUGUGGCCUUGGAGAAUGAAUUAAACGAGUAUCGAUCUGUAAGUUAACUUUUCUGUUACAAUUAUAUGAUAAAACUAUUCAUUGUCAACAAGUAUUAAUAUUUUAACUGAAGUUUACUAAACUAUUUAUAAAGUUGCUGUUAGGGUAAAAGAGUGGCUGGAGGUGACGCGGAUGAAAACGGCAUUUCUGACCAGUACUACGAGAACGUCCAACUCCAAAACGAGCUCCAACGUGUUACAGUCCGAGCUCAAGCCCUCCAAGACUCGAACAAUGUGUUGACGGAACGAGUAACCAGAAUGAAGGAACAACUCGAUAAGGCCAAUUUGAUGAAGAUGGCUCCAAAAGUGAACGAUGAUGGUACUAUUAAUGAAGUGGAGCAGAAUCAGUUUGAGUCUGCCUUGUCCACCAUUAUCGAAACAUAUGUUGCUGAAAUUGAGCAGUUGAAGUCCAAGCUGUGUGAUGAGUCAAGCGAGAAGGAAGAGUACCGUAAGAAGUUAGAGACUUUGAAGCGACGAUUCAUGGAUGGAGAUAUUCAUCAGACGUCAUUUGAAUCUUCAGCUCCGUAUAGUCCUAUGGUUGAGAGUCAGCUUAUUACAUCGGCGAGAAAGGAAGUUGAGGAUCAGAAGAAGUUGCUGGAAAGUGAGUUUUGUAAACAAUUUUAUUAACACUAUAUUGAGGAUUUUUAAUUUUUUAUGAUCUCAUAUUAUAAUUUUCAGUUUACAAAGAACGUGCAGAGAAAGAAGGUAUGUCGAUCGACUCUAUGGAAUCGCCUGAAGACGAACCCAUGGACUACGAAAGGGGUUCAACUCCCGAAGAAGAUGAUGUAAACGAUGAAGUCGAAGCUUUGGAUGGCGAAGUCAUUGAAGGACGUGAAACUCACGCUAAAUUAUGUUAUGAAGUUGCCGAACUCCAGAACGAAAUAGGUACGAAAGAAAAGCUUAUCAGAGAGUUGGAACUGGCGGAGAAGAAGUUGACCCAAGUUCGGAAAGAUUACGAACGGAAACUGAACGAGUUGUCUGAUCGUAUUACGGCAACUGAAGCUGAACGCGACAAGAUUCUGAUGGAGAUGUCCAAAAAACCAGGAAACAAGGUUUCAGAAGCCAAAGUUCAGGAAGUCAAAAAGGACUACGAGCAACGAUUAAGCUCCAUGAAAGGCGAAUUCAGUAAGCUUAAGAUGGCACAACGUGAACAUGAACGACUGAGACAACGACAGGAGCAGCAACAAAGAGAUCUGGAACGCACCCGGAAUGAGAUUCAGGACUUGAAACGCAGCAAGGUCAAGUUGGUGCAGCAAAUGAGAGAAGAAGCCAAGCGAGUCAAACGUGCUGAAGCUGAAGCCGCCAAGAAGAUCGCAGCGAUGGAGAAGGCGAACAGAGUCAAGGAGAACAAGCUAAGAACUCUGGAGACUCGCGAUCGUCAACGUGAAGAGUUCUUGCGUAGGAAGAUGGAGCAGAUGAGCACUUUGACCUCUAAGCAGCGUACUCCGUUGACUACCGAUAGAAGAUUCAAUGCCGCUUCCAGGAAACCGUUCUCUCCAUUGAAGGCCAAGAGUAAGUGGAAGCAGUUGGAGUCGAGGAUCAAUGCCAUCGUUGGUCAACAUGCCAGUUUAGUCAAGAUGGACGAGCAAUACGUGAGGUUAUUGAACGAAAAGUUGGAGUUAGAGAAACAAAUCAAGGAGGUUGUAAGUUAACAUUCAUUUUAAAAAAUUAUAAUAGUAAAGGUUUAUAUUCAAAAAGUGUAAAUUUGGUAAAAUGUGUUUUACAGGAUGCUCGAUUCAUGAAGACCAAGAACGUUGAUGACCGUGAAGCUAUUCAAGAAGAAGCCAACUCUGCUCACGAACACUUGAAGUACGUGGUGUCUCAGAUCAACGAUAUUCGUUCUUCUAUGGCCGAAUUGGAGGGUGUCAACAAAGAGAAUGGUGUCGACGAUCAGACUACGAUGCAAGGAAUCAUUCAGAAGUGCGACAACAUACACGAAGCCAAGUUCUUGCUGGAUCAGGUCGUGUCUCUGGCUAUCACAACAUCAUCUGAAUGGGAAAAGAUGAAGGUCAAGCAAAAGGUAUGUAUUCUCUUCCAAUGUAAAUUACGGUGAUAUAAUUGUUGCACUUAACCUAUUGUUUCAGGAGAUGGAAGCCAAACUGAAUGAGCUUGAGACAGGAAAAAUGGAAAGUGACAGAUUCAUGAAUAGCUUCAUACUGUCGCAGACCAGAUGCCAGGAAGACUUGGAACGAGAUCUUGGGUCGGAUCCAUACGCAACACCUAAGCGAGCUUCUGGUAGGUUUUUACUCAUAUCUUACGAGUUAUGUAGAUUGACAAGUUAUAACGUUUGCCUAUUAAUAGUUUUUGUUUUAAUAUAAGUAGGUAAAACAUUUUUGUACGAUCGCUUGUGACUGGUAAUGUGCCUAAUGUUAACCUGGCUUUAUAAGUUUUCUUUGUGUUGUUUAUGUUGUGUUUAGUUGGGAGGAUGUCACUCAAGGCCAGGAGACGAACUCAGACGACGGAUGAAUUGUUGUAUGCCGAUGAAAACCAGACUUUCCAGGUUCUUCCAAAUCAAGGUAGUUAAGAUUGUUUUUGUUUCGAACUUUUCUUUUUCUGUGUUUUGUUACACUUUUUACGAUAGCUAUUAUUAUAGAAAUGGUAUCCUUUACAUUGCUUCAUACCUAUAAUUUUAUGUAUCUUUAAUAUUUUAGUUUCUCAUUAAGUUCGCUGUAUACAGUAUUUUAACAUAAAUUUGUAGUUAUUCCGGAAGAACAAGAGGAGUCUUCUUCGUCAGACAAUACUAUGGAAAUCGCCUACGCCCAGAACACUAGUAAAUUGACCAACAUUGGAGUGUUUACAGGUCACAACAAGACAGUACUUUCAGUGGAUUUGAAAGACACUCAUGGAGUUUCAGCUAGCAAAGGUAAGCGGCCAACUUUGUUGUUGUUAUUUCUCUAAUGUACGAUGGCUGGUAAAGGUAAUAAAUUUUUAAAGGUUCUUUAUGUGAAGUUUCUUUCCAGAACGUGUGUUCAACUACUUUGACUUGGAAACAAUGUGUGCUAUUAUUGUUCUUCGUAACUUCCCCAGGCCGAUGGGAAACUGUCGCUUUGUCCCCAAUAAUCCUGACCUUGUACUCUGUAGUGCUGCCUUCACCAUACAAGUGUGGGACGUCCGAUCGAACACAGUAGCAUCACAUAUCAACUCAUCUGGAGUAAGCGGAUCUGGUGGAUUCACGAUUCCAGCUAAAAUCCCUGGGGGCGAAGCAGAAAUAAACCCAAUUGGGAUAAGUGACUGUGGUAACUACAUGACCACAUCAUACAAUGAAGGAGCUCGUGUAUGGGACUUGCGUACUCAACGAUGCUUACAGUUUUACUCUGACCUGAACAGAAAGUAAAUUUAUUGUUAAUUUUUUAGUCGCUAGUACUUUUUAUAAUUCGGAUCACUGUCUAACUUUUUACUAUGGAUUGAUUGUUUUUCAAUUUUAUUAAUUUUUUUGUUUCAGCCGGAAUCCUAAUGAAAUGGUGCCAUAUUCUCGUAAUGGGACUUCAUAUAUUCUAGUUGGUGACACUGAGGGUAAUAUAAUAGCCAACCAAAUCGAUGAAGCCUUUGCGACGAAACAAUAUGAUCCAAUCGACUUGAUGCCACAAAUGCAUAAUCGUAUUAUCAAGUUGCAAGUGGUCGAUGACACAUUAUAUGCUGCUUCGAAACAUGGAGUAAGUAUGAUACUACAUGAUGUACUUAUAGUAUUGAUCCUUUUUUCCCAAGAUUACUAAUAUUUCGAGUUAAUGGGCAUUAAUUUUGUAAUGUAAUAUUAUUUUUAGGAUUUCUGGAGCUUCAAAAUGGGCGACUUGACCCGAGAUCGUACAGUAUCCACCAUCCACGACGGAACAUCUGUUGGUGAUAUGUGUGCCGUAAAGGGUUACAAUGGCAACGGUCAGCUGUUCGCUACUGGUGACUACUCGGGUGCCAUCAGACUAUGGUCUACUGAGAAUACGUCGUCCUUCAGAAUGCUGGACAAGCACGAUGGAGCUCAUCAGUCGACGAUCAACGAGCUGGCCAGUUAUAAUGGCCUCAUCGCUUCGGCCGCUGAUGAAACAGUCAAAUUGUGGCGGCCAGACUUAUGA